AGUUGCAUUCGCAGACUGUAUGAGUUAAUAAAUUCUUUAAAUAUUAAAAUUUUAUCACAAUGUACUCGUAUAACAUCAAUUACGUUUACGGAGAUCAAAAUGUUCAAGUACCGGCGCACUUGAAUUUCGGCAAAUACAUAUUGGAGAGGCUAAAACAAGCGUAUAAAACUAACGAAGUGGCCGUGGAAAAUGCUCUUUCGGGGGAGGCUAUAACAUACAAGGACUUUACCCAAUAUGCUGUAGACCUGUCAGUUGCUCUAACAGACUUGGGAGUGAAGACUGGUGAUACUGUUGGCAUUGGCAGCGAAAAACGAGUACUGUUCAUUCCCACCGCCGUAGCUGUUGUUUUUAGCGGGGCAGCUUAUACGCCAUAUGAUUUACAAAGUGGAAGAGCCGGCUUAAAGCACAAGUUGAAUUUGACCAGACCAAAAUAUUUCAUCUGUUCUGCAUUAUUUUGGAAAACAUAUGAAGACGUCUUGAAAACAAUGGAUUUUAUAGAAAAUUUUAUUUGUUUUGACGAUAGCAAUGAUAUCGAAUUAUCUUUGAAGACUUUUCUUACAAAACAAACAAAUGUCAGCACUUUUGAGCCAGCUACUGUACAAGGACAAACAGAUACCGCUCUUAUCCUGUACUCAUCUGGUACGACUGGUAUGCCGAAGGGAGUCCAACUAACACAUUUAAAUUGCAUCUUAAAUAGUUUACCAAAAGAUUUCGAAGACGAAUCCCUAAAAACUAUGUUUCUAUUCGGAGAAUGGUAUCAUAAUUACGACACCUUCAUGACUUACAAGUUCCUUUCCUUGGGAAGAAGAGUUGUCUACGUGGAUAGUGUUACACCUGAAAACCUCUUGAAAAGUAUUCAGAAAUGUCAGGUAAACAUUACUAUGUUGGUACCAUCACUCGUUGGUUACUUAUCUAAAGCAGAACAAGUAGACCGGUAUGAUAUAAGUUCAUUAAAAAUUAUCUACUGUCGCUCAUCACCCCUGCAUGGAAGAACGAUUGAAGCUAUCAAAAGAAGGUUUCCGACGCUUAAAAAAUUAUUACAAGGAUACGGUAUGACCGAAUCAGGCGAACUUACGUCAGAGAGUUGGGGUACCAAGGGCCCCAAAGUAGGAAGUGUCGGUAUGGCAUCUCCUGGAAUAACUUUAAAAGUUGUAGAUCCACAAACGCGCGAGGUACUAGGCCCAAACCAGCGAGGAGAAAUAUGUCUGCGCGGCCCCGUGUUUAUGAAAGGUUACAUUGGUAUUGAGCCUUCGACGUACCUGGAUGACCAGGGAUUCUUCUUAACUGGAGACUUGGGCUACUAUGACGAAGACAAAUAUUUUUACAUUGUUGAUAGGCUGAAGGAAAUAAUCUCAUAUGACGGAAACAAGGUGGCUCCAUUAGAAUUGGAGACGAUCCUGCUACUACACCCGGGCGUCCGUGAGGCGGGCGUCGUGGGCAACCCGGCGGGCGACAUCGGCGAGGAGCCCACGGCCUUCGUCGUGAGGCAACCCGGAGCUAGCGUAUCCGAACAGGAGCUCAUCGACUACGUGUCUGCAGAGGUAUCGCCGUACAUGCAACUGAGAGGCGGCGUGGUGUUUGUUCCCGAACUGCCCAGAAACCCGAGAGGAAAAAUUCUUCGUCGUCGUUUACGAGAAAUAUUGAAUACCUUAUAACGAGUAAAAUAUUGAUACAAAUUAAAAUAAUUAUGUAAUAUGUAUAAGUAGGUACUAUGCGCAGCUGUGUUUUUUUAUUGUCAUUAUUCGUAUAAUAUCAUUUGGCAUCCUGAAUACAUUUUGUUAGAACGAAUACACGAAUCUUUUUGUUAGAGA